CGACGAAGAAGAGAAGGGGAGAGAGGAGCGAUCGGCGAGCUUAUCGGAGAGCAGGAGAGAGAGAAGCGGACGGAAUCUCCGGUGGGAGGAGAGACGCGGCAAUGGAGGAGUAGCCGCAGAAGCGCCACCGAACCCGCCAAGCGCAUCGUCUCCCCGAAAAGGGACGAACGCCCAAAGGGAUAACCCAACGCAGCAGGGGAGGGACUUCUCCUUGAGGGGGGGAAGAGCUUACCAGUUACCACCGCGGUGAUCAGGUCCUUCUCUUCCUCCCUCGGCGAAGAUGAAGGGCCAGAAAGCAGAGGGGAAGAACACGGAGAGGCGGCAACGGCGGUUCCUCUUGUGCUUCCGCCCGUCCGCAAUAGCGACCGACUCGCCAAAGGGCCUCGCCGGAAGACCUGCCAGCUCCGACCCCGCCCCGAAGGCGUUCGAUUACUUCUCCAACGAGGAGACCUCGCCAAAGAGGAAGAAGAAGCAGCCGUCUGCGUCGGAGGACCUCAAUGAACGCCGCCGGAGGAAGUUCCGACCGUUGUCCGGAAUCAAAGCGGCCAUCUUCGGCAGCAGCAAGGGAGCGGCUCGCAGCGGGAGAGUCCAGCAGGACCCGAGUCGGUCGUCGGAUACGUCGGAAAACGUUUCCAACGAGCCGGUUCCGGCGGAAAUUCACCAAGAACAGUCCCCAAAAUCUACGGUUUCGAUCACUCAUAAAACCGAGUCGAACUCGGUGACUUCUUCGUCGUCCUCCUCGUGCUCCGUCUUCGGUGUAUCUAAGACAUCGAGCUGCUCCUCCCGUCGGAAGCUUGAUUCGCCCGCCAGCUCCGCCGAAUCUGAGGAAAGCGUGCACUCGCCGUCCCCCCGGCCCAGCGUCAGGAAAAGUCCAUCUCCGACGAGAAUCUCCGCCCCGACGGGUCCAAGAGGGCUCGAUCCAGUCAUCGGGUUAUGCUACCUCCUAGCAAUCAGCCUGUUGACAACGCUGAUCUGGGGGCAGAUUCCGGCCGUCAUAUGCACGUCCAUCUGGCUGUACUUCUUCGGACGGACGAGGGGACGCUUGUGGCCGGGGAGCCGACGGCGAGGAGAAUGCCUGUUGGAUCCGUCGGUCAUCGGAUCGAGGGACUACCAUAAACGGGUCAUCAUGGAGGGCAUCCUCGAUCGGCGCCACCACCGCCACCACCACCAUAGGGCGUCAAGUCCCGCCGACCAGUAAGACUAGUUGCCGGAGCUAUGCUUAUCGGACGAAUCGAGCAAUAUCUCGAUCAUGAAUAUUCCCCCAAAACCCUGAAAUGAAGCCAAUUUUUUUACACUUUCAGGGAAACAACCAAAGACGGCUGAUUAACUAUUUUUCCGGGUAGCGGCUACUAAUCCUUGAAUUCGUGAUGGACGGAAACUUCUGACAAUGUACCCACCAUUAUACCUUCAGGGUUCUUAAAUUUUCUCUUGUAAUUUCCCCCUCUUGGCAAUGUCGAUCGGACUCAUUAGUGCUUUUGUUAGAGUAAUCUUUUCUUCCAUCUCUA